UGGGACCGAGGGUUCUGCCAGGCCCUGGGCUCCAGCCUCAGCGAUAAGUGCGUGCCUGGGCCCAGGACAGCGGGCAGGGCGCACAGCAGGACUGCCCAGCUGCUCCGGGAGCUCCACCCUCCCCUGGCCUUCGCCCUGAAAUGCCUGGAGCCUCGGCUCGCUGCAAGGACUGCGGGCGGCGACCUCGUCUGGCCGAGUCUCCGGCUGGAGCUGCUGAGUCGCUGCCUGGCCACGGGGCAGGCCUCCUGCUCCUGGCUCAUGGCCAAGGCCUAUCAGCACCUUGCGGUCUGGUCCCUCUGCCCGUUCCUGCUCGUCACCCAGGGAGAUCUCCAGCUGUUAAAGGCAGAGACCACCAGGUUGGCGGAGCUCGUGAGUGGGGCCUUCCCUGAGGGGGGGGACAGCCCCAGGUGGGUGCGGCCGGCCCUCGGCUCCCACCAGGAGCGGCAGCUGUGCCUACAGAUCCACUCCACUGCCACCAGCAUCCAGAGCUUCUCGCAGGACGUGCUGCGGAUGUUCUCCAGCGACUGCAAACGGAUGUCGGCAGAGAUCUUCAGCCAGACCAUGCCGCUGGGCAAGCACUGGCGAGCAGGCCUCCGUGCAGACCUGCCCAGCACCCCGAGUGAGUACGCCUUGGCCGCUGCCCAGAGUGUCCUGGGCCAGGUCCUGCAGGGCAUCCAGCUGCUCCCGCACGAGUCCCAGGUGCCCGCGCUCACCCACGUCAUGACAGCCUUCGUGGAAGCCUGGAUGGACCACAUCCUCACCCAGAAAAUCAAGUUCAG